CGCCGGGGUCGAAAAAUCUUUGAAGCGUCGUUGUGUCUGGAUGGGGAAAUCCACCGAUGGCGGAGUAGUUCCUUUGAAGCAAAAGCAACUCCAGAAACAAUUCACAGAUACGUACCAAGAAAUUCAAGCUCUCAAAGAAGUGCUCAAGGGCUACCUUCACAAGACGCCGAGCUCAGCAGCGCCAACGCUUGAUUCCUUAUCGAUCCGUGCUGCAGGAGGAACGACCAACCAAGAUGAAUGUUCAAUUGACAAUGCGCCACAGCCGGUCAUUUCUUCGAUGUUCAGACCCUCCAAGGAAUCCGAGCGGAUUCUCGCCAACAGCGAGCAAGGCAACAUGCCGUUUCUUGAGCGCGUGAAGCUGCAUGUGGAUAAACACGAACAAUCGACCAAGUUGUUGAAGCGGCAAGUGCAGGCAGUCGAGGACGUCGAAACAACAUUUUCCCCCAAUAUCAACCUCAAGUCCAAGCGCAUGGAGCGACGAAUCGACCACUUGUGGUCGUGGCAGCGCGAAAAACAAAACAAAUUGGAAGCACGCAGGAUUGCCGCCGAGGAGAAAGAGCUGAGUCAAGUUCAACCUGUUCCAAUCUGCAGCGCCAAAUCUAGCCAAAUGCUGCUGCGGUGGUCGACCAACAACAGGAGCAACAACGUUCGGCCAGACAGAGUCGAAGACAGGCUGCAUCGAUAUGGAGAGACGAUCUGUGCCAAACGACGUGCGAGGCGACGGGAGUCUCAUUGCCCUUUCCAACCCACUCUUUCGUCUCAUUCGGCUCAGCUCCACCGCAACGGAGAUGUACACACUCGUCUGUUUAACCUCGCUGCCAAGAAACCUCCACCAGACCCACCCGUCGUCGUCACAACAAAACACCCUUCCAUCGCACCACUGGACCCACACACAUCACAGCUAUGCAGCCGACUGCACAACGAAGCAAAUGCACACCAAGAAAAGCUGGAACAGAUCCGUGCAGCUGAAGCAAGACACUUGACUCAGCUGCAGAAUGCCCCGAAGAUCAGCGCCACGAGCUCAAGGUUGGCCCGCAACGUGAGUGUUCGAAAGCCGUCGCCCUCACCAGCGUCCCAGAACCAGCAAACACAAAAGAAACGCGUGAUACCCGCCAAGGAAGCGGAGAAAGUAUACCUCAAGCAAGUCCAGUGGAAACAGCAAAAAGAGGCAAGAGCGUCGCAGGAGCGGGAAGUACAACUCCAGCUCGAGAUUGCAGAAUGCACGUUCGCCAACCCGUAUCGGCCUGAAGAGGACUCGCCCGUCAAGGGCAACGACAUGUACUUUCGCAAGGCUAUGGAGUGGGAGCGGCGGCGUCAGCAACUUGUGAGCGAAAAACAGCAGCGUCUGCUCGUAGAAAAGCUCAAGGACUGUACGUUCCACCCGCACACAAACCCUGCUCCAAAUGAAGAGCUGGCGAAAAAGCAACCCACGCUGGACUCGAUCUUGUCCAAGUUUCGUGCUGAGCAACGUGACAACUGCCUGCGAACCCCUCCCAAACACCAAGAAUGGAACCCGAACCGAGCACUUCGAGCCAGUCGAAAUUGUUUGCGCAUCUCGGCAGGAGAAGAUGCCAGGAUUUUGCCAUAUCCGUGGGAGGAGUAUGUCACGGAAGACGGGUAUUUGUACUACGUGAAUACGUUGACGCGGGAGUCGCAGUGGGAAUUUCCAUAACCAAGAUCGACGCAUUCAUGAGGCAGGGUGAAUUUACUUCAUUGCGUUCACACAAAUAAAAGGAAAGGCGAGGGGCGAUUAUACCUUGCACGGCGCGACCGUAUUGAGGCCAAGCCCACGGAUCGUCUGGAUGAACGCUGUUUCGAACGGCAUGAGCUGCACCUCGGUUUGCUUGAGCGACAGCACUUGCUGCAUCACGUCAAUGUACUUAAGCGCCAGCAGAUACCGGAGGGGGUUUUCGCCCGACCGCGACACGACUUUCGAGAUCUACCACAUGAUCCCGAUCAAACUCCAACUAUAGAUAGAUACACGAUAUACAGACUUCCUUGAUGC